UAUGGCAAGACAUUAGGGACUUCAGGGUAACAUAGAGCUUCACUAUCAAUACAUAGACGUAAGCUUUAUACCGAGGGGCCCUGCCGGCUUCUGUCCUGGGGCGUGAUGGCCACAGUCGCCGAACGUGCUGUGGGGGCUAUCGUGGGAGCCGCUGUUGCCGAUGCCUCAGCCCAGCCUCUUCAUUGGAUCUACAACCUACAGAAGUUAGACUCCCUCAUAGGCCGUGUGGAGACACCAGAGUUCCACCAGCCCUCAGCUAACCCGUACUACAGGAUAGACACAGGGAGGAACAGCUGUUACGGGGACCAGGCGUAUGUCAUACUGGAGUCAUUGGCAGAAUGUCAGGGUCUUGACAUUGCUGAUCUAAAGCAGAGGACUUAUCGAAUGUUUGGGCCAGGAACGGACUAUGAUGACACUCAGAAUUCUGAAUACAAGCCCCAUGGAGGCUUGAAGAAAUCCUACCCCAUCCACGGUUCAUGGAGACACUUCAGCAUUAAAGACUUCCUUAAAAAUAUAGAGGCAGGGAAGGAUGAUACAGGGUCUAAGAAGGAUGACCAGGUUGACGGUGCCACCAAAGUUGCCCCGUUGGUUGCCCUGUAUGCAGGACAGCCCUGUAUGUUAGAGAAGGUUGAAGAUGCUCUCAGGGUGACCCAGAACUCUGACACUGCUGUGGUGGCAGGACUCACUACUGCCAGGAUACUGGAACAGUUCAUCCUCCAUGGGAGGAAAGACAGAGUGAUAGAGACAGUGAUGGAGGAGAUGAGGAAACCAGACCGGGAGAACCCGACUGAUCUGGACCAGGCUAUGGUCAGCUUCCUGCAUAAAGUACUGGACAACACGGGCGAUUUGCCUAAGUCCCUGCAGUCAGCAGUCCAUGGUGUUGUGACUGGUAGGGACUAUGUGUCAGCCGUCCGUGCCACUAUCAGGGCAGGAGGGUGUAACGCCAGCAGGUCCUCUAUCAUUGGGGCGUGCUUCGGUGCACAGGUGGGCGUUGAAGGCAUCCCUGCUGACUGGAAAGCUAAAACGUUUCGUUAUCAACAAGUGUUGGAGCUGGCUAAUCGUGUUGUUAGCUGCAGAUCUUGUAUGUUGUAAACAAAUGAAGCAGGUUGAGAACACAGUGUGUGUCCAUCCUGUGGCCUACUGUCUGUGCAUGAUGAUAGUAUCUGGCUAAAAUCACUGCAACUGUGAAGACCAGAAACUGGAGAAAAGACAGACAGUAGUUGCAGUGGCAAAUACUCUCUUUUAAUCAUUUUAGAAAAUGUGUGAAUAAUGAAAAGGAGUAAUUUGACAACAACAUUGAAGAUAUUUAUGAUGAUUACAAGGAAAGUAUUUUAGGUGCCAUAAGAAAUAACUAGCCAGGUAGGAGUAGUCACAAUAAUUUAUUACCUCCCAAAAA